CCGUUUGUGGUGGGUGUUUUAGUUCGAUGCACAUAACAAAAUCCAUCCUUAAAAAUCGAAAUAUAAUUUUAUAUAAGAUUUCAUUAUUAUUAUAACACAAAAGAAGACAAUUAAGAGGCUUGUCAAUAUUUAAAAAAUCAAUUGUUCCAUUUAGGAACCUGCCACUCUGUUAGGCAUCACUGGAGGUGCGACAAGUGGGGCGGCGCGCCGUCAGCCAGCUCUCCGGCCGUGGCAUGGGCGACGAGGUGGUCAUCAUACAUUACAAUGACGUCUACAAUAUUGAGCAAACCACCAAUACGGAACCCGUCGGUGGAGCGCUGAGGUUCUCGACUGCCGUGAAGGCAUUACAACACCUGAACCCCUUAAUUCUAUUCAGCGGAGACGCUUUCUCACCGAGCAUGUUGAGCACGUUCACGAAAGGCGAACAAAUGGUACCAGUAUUAAAUGAAAUAGGCACGCACUGCGCCGUAUUUGGGAAUCAUGAUUUUGAUUUCGGUUUAGAAGUAUUAUCAGGCCUAGUCUCUCAGUGCAACUUCCCGUGGCUCAUGUCCAAUGUGAUAGACAACGAAACUGGCCGACCACUCGGCGACGGGAAGAUCACACAUGCGUUGCUAUGUAAUGGCCACAAAAUAGGAUUAAUAGGCCUCGUAGAACAGGAAUGGCUAGAGACCUUAGCAACAAUAAAUCCAGAGGAGGUCACAUUUAUUGACUUCUUACAAGCGGGCACGAAGUUGGCUUCACAAUUAAAACAGGAGGGUUGUGAAUACGUAAUAGCACUGACCCACAUGAGGACCCCAAACGACAUAAAGCUAGCUGAAGGCUGCACAGAGAUCGACCUUAUACUGGGUGGACACGAUCACGUGUAUGAAGUGUUAGAGGUAAACAAUAAAUACAUAGUAAAAAGCGGUACAGACUUCCGUCAGUUCUCCAAAAUAAGUAUAAGCUUCGCCGCCGAGUCUAUUCGUGUGGAUAUCGCCGACGUGCCCGUCUCCAGCUCGUAUGCUGAAGACCAGGUGUUGAAGGCGAAGGUCGAGAAGUACUCCGCAAUGAUAGAAGGCAAGAUGGACGAAGUGCUUGGCAAGUUCUGCGUGCCGCUCGAGGGCCGGUUCUCGUGUAUCCGCCGCCAGGAGUGCAACCUUGGCAACUGGGUGUGCGACGUGCUGCUAGCGGCGACAGGUGCCGACCUAGUGCUCCUCAACUCUGGCACCUUCAGGUCUGAUCAGGUUCACCCGUCUGGGGACUUCACUCUACGGGACCUGUCGACCAUAAUACCCAUGAGGGACCCGCUAGUGGUGGUGGAAGCGAGUGGUUCUGUCAUCCUGCAAAUGCUGGAGAAUGCUGUCAGCAAGUACCCGAGUCUCGAGGGCCGGUUUCCACAAGUGGCUGGAAUAUCGUUCGCCUUCGAUCCCACCAAGGCGGCUGGCGAGCGAGUCGCCGAACAAGUGGUCAAGAUAGGGGACGAGUACCUGCAGCGGGAUCAGCGAUAUCGGCUCGCGAUCAAACAGUACCUGUACAACGGGAACGACGGCUUCACCAUGCUGCCCAAGUGUAAAGUGCUGAUAUCAGAGGACAUGUGCCCUGAAAUCGGCAUGGCCAUACAGAACCAUUUCGCCGCGAUCAACGUGAGGAGCGGCAAGUCGCGGCCCUCGAAGCACAGGCAGUCACUCGUCACGCUCAGCAGGAGGCACAGUCUAGUGAAGAUGCUGGACGGCAGCGAGCUGGAUGGUCCACCUCCGCUGAGGAGGGCUUCGUCAGCUGCUGUGGAACCAACACAUCACGUCACCCAUCAUAGGUUAACCCGUCGAGCGUCGCUGGACGACUUAGAGCAGCAAUCAUGCGAACUCGCGCCCAAAGUCGAGAACAGAAUCGUCGUCAUAGACAAACCUGAGACGCUUCAAGCAAUGUUAGCCGAAAGAGCGCGCUGGGAGUCCGACACAGUGAUACGGGAAGUGGACGAGAAUUCACCUUAAGAGUUACUCCAUCCUCUGCUGGGUUGCUUCACCGCAUACUAUCAUUUGCGUCAUAUGAAUGAGUGAGUAAUUGGUAAGGGGCUAUUAGGUCAGGUCCACACUGUAGUACCGCCCUCGACCCGCCCCUGAUAUGGUCAGUGAAAGCGAAUAGAGGGCCAGUAUUACAGUGUGGAUGCAGCCUUAUACUGUCAAGUUUAGUUUUUUUUUUAUCUAUGGGAAAUGACGUCUGUGUAUUUUUAAUAUUUAUGGCCAGUAACGUGUCGUAUGUUUGUGUAAUAAAUAAAUAAAACUAUAUGCACCACAGCGCUGUCUAAUUCGGACUUAAGCAAUAGUGAUGGGUAAUAUACAGCAAUAUCUAUUAGUAUUUAGUUACAAUAACUAUAUACUGGUCUAGUAACGAAUAUGUUACAAGUCUGUUAUCCAAAAAAUAAUAUUAAAUAAAAGAGUUAUAAAAUAUUCAAAAAUAGAUAAAUGAUUAGAUUCAAAAAUUUACCAGACUUUGUACAAAAGUCGAUUGCUUGGAUACCUCUGUCCCAUUCGUGUUUCAACCGUGAAGCAGUUGUGUUUGCAUGGCUGUGUUUCGGUUUGAAAGGUGGGAUAUGGCGUGAAUUUACAGGGUUCAGAAGAAUAACAUCUGAGUCCUCAGGA